GCAGAAAAACGAUUUAUCCAAUCCCAAAUGGCUCGGAGAGAAAACCAAAUGGAAGUGUUCCGAUUGGAGGAAGCACGCAGUCGUCUGAAUACGCAACUAGAUGGAGUCAGCCGUAGUGAUGAGAAUUUCCUCAAACUCGUGACCGAACUGCAUGAGGUAUCGCGACAACACAAACAAGCUCGAGAAAAGUUGCACACAGCCGAGGCAGACGAGCAAACUGCUUUCGAGGCGUUCUCAGGCGCGUUGCGUCGUUCCCAGGCUGAGGAACGCGUGCAAGCNUUCUUGCUGGUAUUGUCGGAUUCGGAGCUACCUGGAUGCGAUAUCAUCAGUUGUCUCGAUUGUCCGAACCCGUCACUAUGGAUUCGAGUGUUGUGA